AUUUGACGAACACGGGCAGAGUGUGUCGGGUAUUGUUGUGCCUACGUGACAUUAAUAAACUUGUAACAUAAACUUCAGUUUCUUGGAACAAUGUGAAAAAGUGCUGAGUUAAGUAAUUAUUUGGAAAAUUCCUUGCUAAAAUUUGACGUUCGAGAAAUAAGAGGCUAAAAGGAAAAAUGGGAAAAUUUACCGGCAAAAAAUGUCGACUUCUGACGAUGCUGUGGAUGACGACCGCCUUUUUUUUCGUCGAGAUCAUAGUGGGCUACAUCACCAAUUCCAUGGCCCUCGUUGCGGACAGUUUUCACAUGCUCAGCGACGUCGCGGCGCUUGUCAUAGCCUUCUUAUCCGUCAAGAUGUCGCCAAAGAAAUGGUCCAAAAACACAUUCGGAUGGGCGCGCGCCGAAGUUUUGGGCGCCCUUGUUAACGCCGUCUUUUUGGUGGCACUUUGCUUCUCCAUUACGGUAGAAGCUUGCAAAAGGUUCAUAGAAAAUGAACCCAUACAUGAGCCAAAACUCCUCGUAGUAGUAGGAGCCAUAGGACUUUUGGUCAACCUAAUAGGACUUCUGCUCUUCCAUGAACACGGUUCGUCUCACGGUCACUCGCACGGGCGGCUCUCGCACAGCCGGAACCGCCUCACGCAGUUGGCGGUGACCGACGACAACGAGAACGACGAGACGUUCUCGCCGCCGCCCCCCGUGCAGCAGGCGGUCGCCAUACCGCAGCUGGGCGCGCACGGCCACUCGCACGGCGCGCAGCAGAUGAACAUGCGCGGCGUCUUUCUGCACGUCCUCAGCGACGCGCUGGGCAGCGUCAUCGUCAUCAUAUCGGCCUUGGUAUUUUGGCUGACGAACUGGGAAUACCGCUACUACAUCGACCCAGCACUCAGUAUAGUCUUGGUCUUGCUGAUUUUGCACUCCGUGUGGCCUUUGCUGAGAGAUUCCGCGCUGAUUUUGCUGCAAACCGUUCCGACGCACAUUCAAGUGGACGCAAUUCAGCGCAAACUGCUGGCCAAAGUCGACGGUGUCCUGGCUGUGCACGAAUUCCACGUGUGGCAGCUGGCCGGCGACAGAAUCAUCGCCUCUGCGCAUAUAAGGUGUAGGAACCUUUCCGAGUACAUGAUGAUAGCGGAGAAGGUGAAGGAGUUCUUCCACAACGAAGGCAUCCACUCGACGACCAUCCAGCCGGAAUUCAUCGACUACAGCAGCGAGCUGCCCCACUCCUCGAUGGACCUGGACCAAUGCGGACCGAUCAACGAGGAUUGCGUGCUCGACUGCCCCAAAACGAACGAAACCGACAACUGCUUGCAAAACACGUGCUGCGGACCCUCCAAACAGGGUAAGGAAGGUUCAAGUCCCAACAGCACCCCUUUCCUGGGCUGCCGACAGAGGGCGUCGGUGUCGUCGCUGCCGGCGGCGGCGGGGGCGGGCUCGAGCAGCAGCUGCGAGGCGACCGUGAACGAGAUGGAGAAGGGCGUGCUCCUCGACAAAUCUUCAAAUUACGAACUGUGAUUCUAGUAUUAAGUUGCUAGCCAAUUAAGUUAAUUCAAAUCAAAAUAUUGUUACAUUUAAUGUAUGCAAUUCAUUAAUUAUUAAAUUAUAUAAGUUAA